UAUGGCUUUACCUACGGACAAUAAGAUUCACAUUAGAGCGUAAAAAAUCACGGCAUUUUCAAUGGGACAGCAGGACUAAACUUGAGGUUAUCUAUAAAGUUAAAUGCUGUAAACUAAGACCAUCGCUCUGCGACUCAAGUAUUUGGACUUCUCCAAUAAGCCAUGAAAGUUGUUUAAAAAUUUAACGAAAUGAAUGAGGAACUGACAGAAACGGAGGUCUGCCCGGUCAGGAACUUGGACGGCGUUCUCACCCGCCUCGGUACAGGCUUAUGGAACUACAAAAUUUGGGGCAUCUGCGCCACCAUUUACUGCCUUAUGCCAGCAAACAUGUUUUAUGGAGCGUUCGUCGCGCCGGCGGUAAACCACACCUGCGCGCCCCCACCGGGUUGUGUUGCUGCCGACCAGUGCACGUAUUAUGCGUCUGGCACUAACGGUUCCACGCUGCCAUGCACUCAUUGGCUGUACGACAACUCAACAUUUAAAUUCACUCUUACCGAGCAGUUCGACCUGGUCUGCGGCAGCGCCCACAUGCGCGCCCUCGUCUCGUCCGUGUACAUGAUGGGGUCGGCGGCCGGCGCUCCCGUGGGCGGCCUCUUGUCCGACAAGUUUCAGGUUCGGGAGGAAGAGAGUCGUACUGCUGUUGAUGACAAUGUUGUUGAUGACAAUGUUGUUGAUGACAAUGUUGUUGAUGACAAUGUAUCAACAGGUUCGGGAGGAAGAGAGUCGUACUGCUGUUGA